GCUAGACUGGCAGUUGGUCCAAUCAGCGGGCGGGGUGAACAGCUGCUGGAUUUAAACUGCUGUUGUUGUUGUGGCACGAUCCGUCAGGUCUGUCUCUGAGUGUAUUUAGGCGACACUGUGAUGUAGAGGAGCAAAUACCUUCUCCACAACAGCUUCAAGUCCCCAAGUCGAGAACAGGAUGGAAGAGGCCAAUGUGGAGCCAAUCAUCAAGCGCAUCCGUCAGCUUCGCUCCCUUGUGUGCAGUGCAGGCCUAGAGGCAGGGCAGCAUGGGGUUCUGGCGGGGCAGGAGGGGCUGCUGGAUGCCCUGCUGGUGCUCUAUGAGGAGUGCAACAAGGACUACCUGAAAAAGGAGGAAACUGUAUCAUCUUUUGUCAAUAAGUAUCGAAGCACCAUUCAUGAGGUGCGGAACUUGAGGGUGAACCUGAAUGAUUUUGAACAGAAGAAGGUCAUUGGCAAGGGCAAGUUUGGCGUGGUGCAGGUAGUGCAGGAAAAGGCCACUGGGAAUGUGUAUGCCCUCAAGACACUACGCAAGUCUGACACCUUGUCCCAGAAACAUGUGACAUUUUAUGAAGAAGAAAGAGACAUUUUGGCAAAAGCAACGUCUGCUUGGAUGACCCACCUGCAUUAUGCAUUCCAGGAUGCCCAGCAGCUGUACUUGGUGAUGGAUUUCCACCCUGGAGGUGACCUGCUGUCUUUGUUGGACCGUUAUGAUGGCAGCUUUUCUGAGGAAAUGACCUGCUUCUACCUGGCUGAAGUCACUUUGGCUGUUCAUGACUUGCACUCCAUGGGAUAUGUUCACAGGGACAUCAAACCAGAAAAUAUUCUCAUUGACCGCUGUGGACACUUGAAGUUGGCGGACUUUGGCUCAGCAGCACGACUCACCUCCAGCGGCGUAGUGAGGAGCAAGAUGCCUGUAGGAACCCCUGACUAUAUUGCUCCAGAAGUCCUACAGUCCUUGGAUGGGGAUAUCAAUGUUCCCUAUGGUACUGAGUGUGAUAUGUGGUCACUUGGUAUUGUAAUGUAUGAAAUGUUAUAUGGCUUCACACCUUUCAAAGGGGACCAAGUUGUUACCACCUACAGUAACAUCAUGAAUUACCGUGAGACACUGAAGUUUGAUGACAAGGAGAAGGCCGUUAGUGAGACGGCCAAGGCAUUGAUGCGAGGGCUGCUGGAAGAAGCCUCUCACCGUCUCACCCACUCUGGCCUGUUGCAACACAAGUUCUUCCUCCACAUCAACUGGAAUGACCUCAGGAACACUGCACCUCCCUUUGUUCCCAUUGUAAAUGGCCUAGAUGAUACCAGCAACUUUGAGGAGUUUGAGAAUGAACGGCGGAUGCCUUCUAUGGAUGCUUUCCGUGUGCCUCAAACCUUUACUGGGAAGAACCUGCCAUUUGUGGGCUUCACUUACAAUAGACAGAAUCCUGAGACUGAAAAAACAAUUCACACAAGUAACACAACAGCCAUCAACAUUUCCAUACUCGAUGAAUCAUUGAGAGAACCUUCUCAGCUGGAGGCACAACUCAAGAUGCAGAGGAAAGAAAACCAUGAACUAAAGCUGCAGCUUCAGGCGAUGAAGGAUGGAGAGGGUGAACGUCACCUGAAGUUGAAGGAUUAUAAAUUGAAGGAGGCUGAGAUGCGGGUGGAGUACCUGGAGAAAGAGCGCCAGCGCCUUGAGGAAGAAAAUGUCAAGAAAGAGAGAGAAGCUGUUAACUACAAGAAGGACUUGGCCAACGAGCGAGCAGACCGCACAAAGACGGAGAGGGAGGUGAUCGACUUGAUCAAGGAUAUGAAAAAGAAGUGGAAAGCUGAUGCAGCAAAGAAGACAGAGGAAUAUGAUGUUAAAAUCAAUGCUUAUGAGGGGGAAGUAGCUUACUUGAAAGCUCAGCACCAGGAGGUUGGCAGUGCCUUGCUGGAGAGAGAGAAGGAGUUUCAGGCAGUUAUGCUAAAAAAUAAGGAACUGAAGAAAACCAUCGCAAAUAUGGAGAAAGCAAGACUGACCCAGAAGAAACCAGAGCAGUGCAGUGGGGUGUGUGAUGCAGCCAAGGCAUUGCAACUGGAACUGACAGAAAUUUCAUCAAAGCUUGAUGAGCAAAAAGCCAAAAAUCAUGAGGCAGAGAGCAGGCUCCUUGAGGCUGUAAAUGAAACCAGAAAUCUGGAGAAAACUCUUCUGGAGAGAACCAAGGAGGAGGAUGAGAAGAGAGAUCUAGAGAAAUACAUUGAUAAUUUGACCAUCAAAACAACCAAAUUGGAAGAAGAGUUAGAAGCCUCUACGAAGAAAUUCCAGAGCUUGAAGGAACAGGAACAUCAAGAGAAGAAGAAACAAAUUGAUUACCUCAAGAAUCAAGUACACCGAGAGAAAGAGGAGUGUUCACGUCUGCGUCAGCAGCUGCAGAAUGUGUCCUGCCAGCUGAAUGAAUCAAUAGCAAGCCUCUCAAGCUUGGGCUCCACCCACAGCCUAAAAGAAGAGGAACAGGAGGCCAAGAUAAAAGAACUGGAGAAAGAGUUAAAGGUUGUCACUGGUGACAAAGUGAACCUCCAGUCUCAGCUCAUGAUUGUCAAAGCCAAAGAAGGAGAACAUAAGGCUAAGAUAUCAGAGUUGGAGCUUCUUCUUGCCAAACUGGAUGAGACUGUCAAUCAGUUGGAGGGUAAGAAACAUUCCACUGAGGCCUGUGAGGAUAUGUACAAAGCAAGGCUGGAGUGCUUGGAGACCCAGCUUGAUGGUGCCCGUUCAGCUCUUUCCCAGGAGAAGGAAAAAGUGAAAAAGCUGACAGAGGAUCUAAAACAGUUUAAGCAGGAACUGUCAGAUUGCAAACUUGAUCUACGAGUUGCUGAACGUGAGGCAAAAUCAACCCAAGAUACAAUAGCUUUCUUACGGGAGAAGAACAGAGAGCAGAGAUCCCAGCUUGGAGAGAAGGAGGCUGCCAUAAAGAUGGCUUCUGAAGUGGAAGCUGAUUACCAGAAAACCAUUGAAAAGUUAGAGGGUGAAAUCAAAUCCAGAGAGGCAGAUAUUGAUAAGCAGAAGCUGGAGCAUCAGCAUGCAUGUUCCAAGCUUGAGGAAAAGAUCAAGAGCCUGGAGGAAGUCAAGAGGAGUGGGGAGCAGCACCAACGUAAGCUCCAGGAGGUACACCAGCAGAUAGACAGCCUGAAGCUUGAGAAGCGGGGUCUGGAAUCUCAGAUUAAGUUGGAAGAGGCAGCCAAGGUUCGGGUGGAGCAGGAAAAGUCUUCUCUUAAACAAGAAAUUGCUGAGCUACAGAAAAAACUUCAACAGUCUGAACUGACGAUCUCCCAGCUGAAGCAAGUGUGCACAGACCAAGAUGAGGAACUAUCUCAGAUGGAGGCUCAGGCUGAUGUUAUUAAGCAACUCUCACAGGAAGAAGCUCGGCUGAACCAGGAGAUUGAGAAGCUUCAAGCUGAUAUCCGAGCUGCUAGGGCAUCUGCUAAUGAAGAAAAAUCUCUCAAGCUCUUCCAGGAAAAAAAAGUGAAAGAACUAGAAAAACAGUUGAGAGAAGCUGAUGCUGAAACUGAUCAACAAAUUGUGCAGAUCAAUGAGCGGCUGAGGGAAGCAGAGGAGGGCAAGCAAGUGUUGCGGCAGCAGAGCCAGCGUGACCUUGCCCAGCAGGAGUGUGCCGGCCACAUUGAGCACAUCCACACCCUUAAGGAGUCUAACUUUAAGCUUACUGAAGGGCUGGAGGAGGCCAUAUCCAAGGCUGAGCUAUACAAGUGCAGGAUUGAGGAGGUAGAAAGGACUCUGGCAGACCAGCGAGCCUUGCAAGAAGACACCAGAGUAAAGAUGCAAUGCACCAUCAACCAGCAAACCAAAUUGAUAGACUUCCUGCAGUCGAAAAUGGACAACAAGAAAAAGAAGAAUCUGAAGGACAAGUUGUUUGGAAAGGAGAAUAAGGAGAACUUUGGUUUCUCAAUGCCCCAUCAGUACCGCGAACUGGAAGACAUGCUUGCCCAGGAACGCUCCACCAAGAGACGUCUGGAGGAAGAGCUGGCCAAGGCUCGGGCAGCACUCAAAGGUAACACAAUGGAUAGCAGAGAUACCCCAAGAGCUUCCCGCACACCAUUACUUCCCCGCACCCCAAUGCCUCCUCCCUCCCCUCGAUUACCCCAAACACCCCAAACCAAGAGACCAGCACCCAUAGGGGGAGAGAAGACUCCCACCCCGCACCACAGUGCCUCAAGGCAACGCAUGAGGCAUAGCAUCCCUCACAGGUGGCUGACAGGGUUGCAGAUGCAUGGCGGAAGGUGUGCUGGAUGUCUGGGCAGCAUCCCCUUUGCCCGUAGUGCUGCUAAGUGCCAAGAGUGUGGGACAACAGCACAUAUCAAAUGCUCCCAGGAACUGCCACCCACUUGUGGACUCCCUAUGCAAUUUGCUCAACAUCUUUCAAAAGAUAGGACUGCACACUCCCCUGAGAAAAGACCAAGUUCUUCAAAUGAUCCUCACUAUGUACUGCAGGGGUGGCUCAAGAUGCCAAGAUCUGAGAAGUCAUGCUGGGACAGUUGCUACAUUUCUCUGGAAAAGGAUGCUGUGUUGGUGUAUGACUGUGAGCCAUCUAGUACCACGCAGCCUCAGGCACGGGUCUCUCUCAACCGGCCAGGCUGCUCCACCACUGUCAUGUCCACUGUGCCUCGUUCAGAGCUGCCCAGCACCAGCAGUGUGGAUCUCCCAUACAUCUUGAAGGUUGAAAUCCGUGCCAAGACUGCAGGGGGGUUCUCAGACAUGCUGUACCUCAUGACCACCAACUUUGAAGAGAAGCAGACCUGGGUGACCGCACUGGAGAGUGUAGUGGCUCAGCUUUCCAAGGAAGAAGGCAGUGGUGUUGCUGAUGAAGAGUACAUCCAGGCUGACUGUCUGCUGGCUCUGGACCAGCCCAGCCCUCUGGAUAUCAACACUAUAGUUUUCCUUGGCCAGGCAACAGCUGUAAUUGGUGCAGCAGAGGGUCUCUACUCUUUCAUUGUAGACGACACUGGGAACCUGAAAUCUCGGUCUAGAAUUGAGGGACUGACCAAUGUCCAUCAGAUUCUGCUGAUACAACCCGCUGGUGUUGCUCUCUUCAUUGCUGGCAAGGACAACCUGGUGUACCAGAUUGAUGUAGGUACACUGACCACAGCAGCUGAGGCCAUGCAGCUGACCAAGCCAUCCAUCAGUCCAGUGCGUGUUGAGCCUCUGCAGGGCUGCCACCUCUUGGCCUCAGGCACCACAAAAGCUGGACAGACUUUCAUGUGUGCUGCGGCCUCAGACCGUAUUUGCAUACUGGUGUGGAAAGACUUGGAAGAAAAGUUUAGUUUGUGUAACCAGUACAGUACCCAGGAGCCAUGCAGCUGCCUCUACUUCACCCAAGUCUCCCUCAUUGUGGGUGCUGAGAAGUUUUAUGAAAUUGAUCUCAAAACCUUUGAGAUUGAAGAAUUCUUGGACGAGUCAGAUGCAUCCCUGGCUUAUGCCAUCUAUGGUUCAGCCCAGAUGUCGUCUUUCCCUGUGGCCAUCAUUCAGGUAAUUUUUAUGGUGCUUACUUAUCAAGGCAAACAUGGAGAGUAUUUGCUGUGCUUCCAUGAGUUUGCAGUGUUUGUUGAUCCUUAUGGCCAGCGGUCCAGAGAACAUGACAUCAAGUUCACUCGACUCCCUAUUGCUAUUGAAUACCGCAGUCCCUUCUUAUACAUCAUACACCAGAAUGCCAUAGAGGUUGUUGAGAUUUGUGCAGACAGCUUUACUAAGUCUUCUCCUGACAGUGACUCAGAUAGUGAUGCCAGUCCUCCAGUAAGAAUGGCUUCCAGAAACAUGCCAAGACCUCUCUUCAUAGGAUCAGCCCCAACUCCAGAGGGUAUCAUGGUGACCUGCAAGAGCACAGACAAGCUAGAGGUGACCCAGGUGCAGGCCUGCUUUCCAGAGGAUAUGGAACUGAAUUCUACUUGGGGAACUCUGCCAUCCUACUCUCUAAAGUUGGAUGACAAGGAUACUGCUUCCAUUGCCAGCAGCAGCAGUAUAGGUAGCCCUGAGCUAGUACCCUCCAACAAGAGAGUUCACUUCAAACACAACUCAAGGACUUCCAGUAAAGUUUCCAAAUCAGAAAUGUGAUUGUGUCAUGCUGCAAGACAGACUCUUUCAUAACAAACAUAAUUUUCUUCCUUUUCUGUAGUAUUAACUUAAGUAAGUUUGAAUAUUGGAAUGAGACAAACAGAUCUGUAGUCAUUAUUAUUAUGUUUGGUGCCUGUUUCUUUGUGGGAGACCAUGUAGGGGUGUCCAUCACAAAAAUCUUCCCAAGUUGCCUAUGGCACUCAGUACCUUAUAAAACUAUGAGAAGGUUUGGGUUUAUGGAAAAAAAUUGAAAGACAUUAGUUAAAAGUGAAAGACCAAUGCAAACCAGAAACACAUAUAUGAAGUUACACAGGGAACUCUACUUCAGAUAUAUUUACAUUAUGGAUCAGUCAGUUUAUUCUUGUUUGCCAGGUCAGGAGAUCAAAUCCCUGCAUCUGUGUGUUUCUUACUUGUCAGGGAUUGUUCCGGGGAGUUUUUUUUUUUUUUUUUCUGUAAUCAAGUUUUUACACAAUUGAUUUCAUCUAUACACUUGGUGUCUGUUUACAUACAUUCACAGUCACUCCAUCACACAACUUACCUAUGCUUCUUAGCCUCUAGGGAAGAGAGAACUACACACACACCCUCUCUCUCUCUCUCUCUCUCUCUCUCUCUCUCUCUCUCUCUCUCUCUCUCUCUCUCUCUCUCUCUCUCUCUCUCUCUCUCUCUCUCUCUCUCUCUCUCUCUCUCUC